AUGCUGGCUCCUCGCAAAGCAGCUGUUUUGGGUUUGAAAUUCCAACAUGGCAGAGGCUGCAGUCAGUCUUCCCUUCAAAAACUUGGAAUGAUUUCAAAUCAUAGGCACCUUCACUUAACCCGAGCCCCCAUUCAUCAGCAAACACGUCGGAUCGAUGCCGCUCUAACCUAUCGGGUCCUUGUACCAAAUCUCCAGCAGGUAUCAUUUUUGUCCAGACAAGAGGAGUCUCCACCUGCCGACUGCCCACCAAUGCAUCCAGCUGUCUGCUUUGCAGAACAGGCAAGCUUGUUUUCAGAAUUUGAAAAACAGAGAUACAAAGGCAGCUGUGGCAGCUGAAUUCUCUUUCAUGUGUGUCCAGUCCAGGUGAAGCCCAGCAUAAUGCACUGUAAUUUGUCUCUUCAGUUUUCUGAUACAAUGACCUGUGCAUCCCUUAAAUCCCCCACAGAAUGUGCAGACACAGACUGAUUGAGG